AUGUUCGCGCUGAGCUCCGCGCCGGCCGUCGUCGGUGCCGCGCGUGCCGCGUGGUGCGGCAUCAGAAGCUGCAAGUCGGCCGUCGAUAAUGUCAACCGGCUGCGCCGGGCGCCCGAGAAACUCCGGAGCAUCGCGGACCUGUGCAGCUGCCUCCUCGAGCCGCUCUCGGUGGCAGAGGCGCUGGCGUCGCGGGAGGCCUCGCUCCGGCUCGUGGUCGCCGCCGUGGCCUUUGCGCGCUCCGCCGUGGUUGCGUGCAACAUCCUGCUCGACACGUUCACCGAGGAGGACUCGUGGAGCGACUGGCUCAACUCGGCGGCCAAGCUCGAACAACUGUCGCGUCUGGAGACCCGGCUGGCCAACGCGAUGAGCGCGCUGCAUCUCGCCCUCUCCGCGUCGGCCCUCUCGCUGCCGCCUCGCGCCGACGGCCUCCCGUCGUGGCAAGGCGCCUUCCGGUACGAGCCACGGGCGUUCGACCUCGCGCACGACGCGCUGCAGAACUUCGAGCAAGGCAGGUACCGCUCGGUCCUCCUCUCGAUCGGCGAGCUGUGGCGGCGAGGCAUCAUGUCGAGCCAGAGCCGCAGCAGAGGGGGCGGGGCGACCGACGCUCUCGAGAAGCUCUUCUCGUGCCGGCUGCGGCUGCACCGCGGCCUGCCUCCUCCCCUCUCAAAGGGCGCGACCACGAGCCGCGGGGUGACGUCGCACCCCUGCAGGGCGAGGGCGGAGGCGUCGCUCGUGGAAGAGGCGGGCGAGUCGGAGGAGGAGGGCGAGGGGGAGGGCGAGGAGGGCGGGGCAGAGGGCGAGGAGGAGGAGGAGGAGGAGGAGGAGGAGGAGGAGGUGGGGCCGCCGAGCAGGCAAGAGGUCGACGAGCGGCUCUUCCUCCGCUUCAGCCGCCUCGAGCCGGGCCCCGACGGCGAGGUCGACGAGCUGCCUCCGCUCGAGCUCGACGCGACGGUCCGCCUCCGCAGGCUCUGGUCGCAGGAGCUCGCCGAGGAGCUGCCCGCCAGUCACGGGGGCGCCUUUCUCGAGGCUUUGCCGGUGGUUGGCGGUCCCGGUGUCAUCGUGUACGAGAUUCAGCCCUCGAGGCGGAGCCAGCCGACGGCGACGGCGGCGGCGCGGCCGCUCGUGCUCGCCUUCCAGUUCGGCGGCCGCUACUCGGCGGAGGCGUUCGAGGCGCUCGUCGGCCUCGCGGCGGCGACGCGGCAGGUGAGGGACGGCCGCACGAGCCGGCGCUGCACCUCUCGCAGCGCCGUGGACGUGUACGACCCGGACCGGCCGGCACCCUUCGUGCACGAAUUCUCCGCGGCGGGCUGCAAACUGCUCGGGCUGCCGCCGCAGGGCGGGGCGGCGACGCGGGCGGACGCGGCCGCGCUCGCCACGCCGAUGAGGGGGCUGGCGCUCGGGAGCCCGUCCGAGCGGGCGACGACGUGA